AUGAAUGUGAAAACGAGCUCAAAGGAGGCUGUGUCCACGACUGUUUGAAUAUUCCAGGCAAUUACCGCUGCACUUGUUUUGAUGGCUUCAUGUUGGCUCAUGAUGGUCAUAAUUGUCUUGAAGGCCUGAGCUGCAUGAAUAAGAACCAUGGCUGUAGCCACAUCUGCAAGGAGGCUCCAAGGGGCAGCGUUGCCUGCGAAUGCAGGCCUGGCUUUGAGCUGGCCAAGAACCAGAGAGACUGCAUCUUGACUUGUAACCAUGGCAACGGUGGGUGCCAGCACUCCUGUGAGGACACAGCUGAAGGGCCGGAGUGUAGCUGCCAUCCACAGUACAAGAUGCACGCAGAUGGGAGGAGCUGCCUUGAGCCAGAGGACACUGCCCUAGAGGUGACGGAGAACAAUGCCACGUCAGCGGGGGACGGAGAUAAGCGGGUAAAACGGCGGCUGCUCAUGGAAACGUGCGCUGUCAACAAUGGAGGCUGCGAUCGCACCUGUAAGGAUACCUCGACAGGUGUUCAUUGCAGUUGUCCCGUUGGAUUCACUCUCCAGUUGGAUGGGAAGACCUGUAAAGAUAUUGACGAGUGCCAGACCCGCAAUGGAGGCUGCGAUCAUUUCUGCAAAAACACUGUGGGCAGUUUUGACUGCAGCUGCAAAAAGGGAUUUAAAUUAUUAACAGAUGAGAAGUCUUGCCAAGAUGUGGAUGAAUGCUCUUUGGAUAGGACCUGUGACCACAGCUGCGUCAACUACCCUGGCACAUUCACAUGUGCUUGCAACAAAGGGUACACCCUCUACGGCUUUACCCACUGUGGAGACACCGACGAGUGCAGCAUCAACAACGGAGGCUGUCAGCAGGUCUGUGUGAACACAGUGGGCAGCUACGAAUGCCAGUGCCACUCUGCAUACAAGCUCCACUGGAAUAAAAAAGACUGUGUGGAAGUGAAGGGGGUCCUGCCCACUAGUGUAUCACCCCACGUGUCCCUGCAUUGCGGUAGGAGUGGCGGAGGAGACAGGUGCUUCCUCAGAUGUCACUCUGGCAUUCACCUCUCUUCAGGACUGCAAGAGGCCUACUCUGUCACCUGCGGCUCUUCCCCUCCUGUCAGGAACAAACAGCAAAAAUCAAAUGACUCUGCUUUCGGGGAUGUCGCCACCGUCAGGACAAGUGUAACCUUUAAGCUAAAUGAAGGCAAGUGUAGUUUGAAAAAGGCUGAGCUGUUUCCCGAGGGUCUGCGACCAGCACUACCAGAGAAGCACAGCUCAGUAAGAGAGAGCUUCCGCUACGCACACCUUGCAUGCGGCUCCGGCAAGCAAGUCCCGGGCGCCCCCGGCCGACCGAGCGCCACUAAGGACAUGUUUAUCACUGUUGAGUUUGAGCUUGAAACUAACCAAAAGGAGGUGACAGCCGCGUGCGAUUUGAGCUGCAUCGUAAAGCGGACAGAGAAGAGGCUCCGGAAGGCCAUCCGCACGCUCCGGAAGGCUGCCCACAGAGAGCAGUUUCACCUCCAGCUCUCAGGCAUGGAUCUUGAAGUGGCUAAAAAGUCUCCCAGAGCGUCUGAACGCCGCACCGAGUCCUGUGGAGUGGGCCAGAGCCACGUAGGAAACCAAUGUGUCAGUUGCAGGGCUGGGACAUAUUAUGAUGGAUCACAAGAACGCUGCAUUUUAUGUCCAAAUGGAACCUUCCAAAAUGAGGAAGGACAGAUCACAUGUGAGCCGUGCCCAAGACCAGAAAACCUCGGGGCCCUGAAGAGCCCAGACGCUUGGAAUGUGUCUGAAUGUGGAGGUCUUUGUCAACCUGGUGAAUAUUCUGCGGAUGGCUUUGCCCCCUGCCAGCUCUGUGCCCUGGGCACAUUCCAGCCUGAAGCCGGCCGCACCUCCUGCUUCUCCUGUGGGGGAGGCCUCCCCACCAAACACCUGGGAGCCACUUCCUUCCAGGACUGCGAAACAAGAGUUCAGUGUUCGCCUGGACAUUUCUACAACACCACCACUCACCGAUGUAUUCGCUGCCCAGCGGGAACAUAUCAGCCUGAAUUUGGAAAAAAUAAUUGUGUUUCUUGCCCAGGAAAUACAACGACUGACUUUGAUGGCUCCACAAACAUAACCCAGUGUAAAAACAGAAGAUGUGGAGGGGAGCUGGGGGAUUUCACCGGAUACAUUGAAUCCCCGAACUACCCAGGCAAUUACCCGGCCAACACGGAGUGCACGUGGACCAUCAACCCGCCCCCCAAGCGCCGCAUCUUGAUCGUGGUCCCCGAGAUCUUCCUGCCCAUAGAGGACGAGUGCGGAGACUACCUGGUGAUGCGGAAAACCUCUUCUUCCAACUCUGUGACCACGUACGAGACCUGCCAGACCUACGAACGCCCCAUCGCCUUCACCUCCAGGUCAAAGAAGCUGUGGAUUCAGUUCAAAUCCAAUGAGGGGAACAGUGCCCGAGGGUUCCAAGUGCCAUACGUGACAUACGAUGAGGAUUACCAGGAACUCAUUGAAGACAUAGUUCGAGAUGGCAGGCUCUAUGCUUCUGAGAACCAUCAGGAAAUACUUAAGGAUAAGAAGCUGAUCAAGGCGCUGUUUGAUGUCCUGGCCCACCCCCAGAACUAUUUCAAGUACACAGCCCAGGAGUCCCGGGAGAUGUUUCCAAGAUCCUUCAUCCGAUUGCUACGUUCCAAAGUGUCCAGGUUUUUGAGGCCUUACAAAUGAGCCGGCCCGCAUGGCACGCAGUGCCAUGUUCCCCGGGCGCUGGUGGGACGUAGCCGUUUGCUUCUGCAGCCAGCCUAGUUGGAUAUCACGGCUUCCAGUAGCAGUGACUCAUUAGAGUUCAAUUUUAUAGAUAAUACAGAUAUUUUGGUAAACUGAACUUGGUAUUUCUUUCCCAGCAUUGUGGAUGUGGACUGAGAGUGGCUUUGAGUCUCACCCGCUUCUCACUGCUGUGGGCAGAUGUUUUGGAUGCAUCAAGGGCUGGCUGAGCUGGACCUCAGUCAGCUCAGCUGAGACUCACCUGUCCUUCCUGGUUCUCACUCCUCAAUUGGGCUGGGAUGGAAAGGAGACCACAGAAGGGGCUGCCUUGUCUGAAACGUCAGCUUCCUCCAGCCCAGCCCUCCUUAAGGAAGCUCUCUGUGCCCAGGUGCAGGCUCUGACCAGGCAGACCAGGGGAGGAGGAAGGGAGGGAAGAAGGGCCCUUUAGGCACCAUCCCCACACUUGAGACCUGGGGGAACUCUGUGUCUCCACAGCUUUCUCCUCAGAGAAAGCACUUCCUCAGACAUAAUAAUGUAGGCCCACUGACACCUUCCUCGUGGCCAGCUUCCACCUGUAGCAAGUGCACAGUGCAGGUUUCAGCACCAGCUGUGCCUCUAGACACAGUGUCUAAAGGCUGGGCACAGUGUCAGGGCCUGGAGCAUUCAAGUCGGACGUGAUCUCCUUGAUGGGUGAGAAUCAUCUACCUUCAUGAAAAGGAAAUUCCGCACACCCCGAGUCAGGACUGCCAAGGGUCCUAUUUUCCACAUCAGGCUUCCCACUGCAGGCAUCCGAGGUCCAGGUGGGACACUGUGUGGACCAGCCUGUUAUGUGUGCCUUCCUCCCCCACUCUCCAAGGUCAGAGACUGACUCAGCUCUGGGGACAUGAGCAGCACCUCUUAGCGGUCACAUCACUGCCAGAGCAGCUACACAGAUCCCGGCCUCUAAGUAUCUCAGAAUCAUCUCACCUUCCGUCAGCACAGCAGGGCCUUGCCCACAUGAACUUGAAUUUUCAAUAUUAUUGAAUUUUUAAAAAUUUAAAUCCAUAGGCAUAAAUCUCAUUACAGUAAAUAAAAAAGAUUUCUAUCAAACAAGCUGCCAUUUCCCUAAUGAAUGGGCUGACUACACAUAACCAUAGUGUUUUGUUAUUUUGUAAACAACUAACUGUAUAUAAAAUUCUCUAUACCAAAGUACUAAAAAAUGGUUAACAAAUAUUUUUGAAGAAAAUGAAGACUAUUUCAUUGUUGUUGAACUCACUUUUCACCUCAGUAGUUUUUUUUAACCUAUUAAUAACAAUGACCUUUGAAAAAUCCUCA